CCAUCCAUAAAUACAAAUCCUUCUCUUUCCCCAAAAUCCCAUUCCCUCUUCUUCCUCUUCUGAGCUUAAUCGAUCAGCAUUGUUAAGUUGGUCGGCCUGUAAUUAAUAAUGUCUCCUUUGCUUCUUCUGCUCUUCUGUUUUCUAAUUCCUGGAGCUUUCGCCGGCGGCCAUGAUUAUGCCCAAGCUCUCACAAAGGGUGUCAUGUUCUUUGAAGCUCAGAGAUCUGGUUAUCUCCCUAGUAAUCAAAGAAUCCAAUGGAGAGGCAAUUCUGGUCUCGCGGAUGGAAAGAUCAACGGGGUGGAUUUGGUGGGAGGAUAUUAUGAUGCAGGGGAUAAUGUGAAGUUUGGAUUGCCAAUGGCGUUCACGAUAACAAUGUUGUCAUGGAGCACACUGGAAUACGGAGGGCAAAUGGGUGGAGCUGGAGAGCUUGAUAAUACAUUGGAAGCUAUUAAAUGGGGAACUGAUUAUCUCAUUAAAGCUCAUCCUCAGCCCGAAGUUCUUUACGGAGAGGUAGGAGAUGGGAAUACAGAUCACUACUGUUGGCAGAGACCAGAGGAUAUGACUACAUCACGUCAAGCUUACAGGAUCGACGUUAACAAUCCUGGAUCUGACCUCGCCGGUGAAACGGCCGCCGCCAUGGCUGCCGCUUCUAUUGUUUUCCGACACCGUGACGCUUCUUAUGCCAAGGAGCUUCUAUCUCAUGCUCAACAGCUGUUUGAAUUUGCGGACAAAUACAGAGGGAAAUACGAUGGCAGCAUCUCCGUUGCUCAAAAGUACUACCGAUCAGUCAGUGGAUACGCAGAUGAAUUGCUUUGGGGAGCAGCCUGGUUAUACAAGGCCACCAACAACCCAUAUUACUUAAGCUAUCUGGCUAACAAUGGUGAAGCCCUCGGUGGAACGGGUUGGGCCAUGACCGAAUUCGGAUGGGACGUCAAGUAUGCCGGAGUUCAAACCCUUGUUGCUAAGCUACUCAUGGGAGGGAAAGCAGGUUCAUAUGUAGAUGUGUUUGAAAAGUAUCAAGAAAAGGCAGAGUAUUUCAUGUGUUCUUGUCUAGGAAAAGGAACAAACAAUGUUCAGAAAACACCAGGCGGUCUCAUUUUCAGGCAAAGAUGGAACAACUUGCAGUUUGUAACCAGCGCUUCCUUCCUCCUCACUGUCUACUCCGAUUACUUGUCAUCGGCUAACAAGAACCUCCAUUGUGCCUCCGGCACUGUCUCCCCUGACGAGAUCCUUUCGUUUGCGAAAUCUCAGGUGGACUACAUUCUUGGAGACAAUCCGAGAGCUACUAGUUAUAUGGUUGGAUAUGGAAACAACUACCCACAACAAGUUCAUCACAGGGGAUCUUCAAUUGUUUCGUAUAAGGUUGAUUCGACUUUUGUUACUUGUCGGGGAGGUUAUGCCACUUGGUUUAGUCGUAAGGCUAGUGAUCCGAAUCAACUCACGGGUGCAAUUGUUGGGGGUCCUGAUGCCUACGAUAACUUUGCUGAUCAAAGAGAUAACUAUGAGCAAACUGAACCUGCCACCUAUAACAAUGCUCCUCUCCUCGGCACUCUUGCCCGUUUACAUGGCGGCCAAAGCAGCUAUAACCAGCUCCUACACGAGGAAAUCAUCUUUCCAGCAUCGAAAACAACACAACCUAAUCCAGCUCCUGAAGCCAUAGUCUCACAUGAGAAAAGUACCUUAUCUUCAAUUGACAUUGCCAUUGAACAGAGGAAAACUUCUUCAUGGGAUCACGAGGGGAAGACUUACUACAGAUAUUCGACAACCCUGACGAACAAUUCAGGGAAAACAGUGAAGAAUCUGCAGCUGUCUAUAUCGAAACUCUAUGGUCCUAUAUGGGGGUUGACGAAAUCUGACAUUGUCGCGGAUUCAUACGUGUUCCCAGCUUGGAUGGAAUCAUUACCAUCGGGAAAGAGCUUGGAAUUCGUUUACAUUCAUGCAGCCUCUGAAGCAGACGUAUCAGUUAAAAGUUAUACGUUGGGAUAGAAGAUUACAUUGAGAAAUCUUGAUGGAACUACUAGUACAAAUGUGCAUUACUUUGUUUAGUUUAGUUGUCAGUUACUUGCUGAUGAUGAGUUGUUAGGUUUGAAA